GAUGGAAGGACGCGUGUGCGCUGUUGUCAGCGCGCUCGGUUCUUCAUCUGUUUGGGGUGGUUUAGGGUCGUUAGGCUGCGUGAUGCGCCUGUUAUAAUUAUUAGGCCGAUGGUGGGGAAAUUAGGGAUUCCAGCCUCCAGGUGGGACCUGGGAAUCACACAAACUACAGAGAUCAGUUCCCCUGGAGAAAAUGGAUGCUUUGGACUCAGGAUGGACGUUAUGGCAUGUACCCUAGUGACGCUCCUCCUGCCCAGGCUCCAUCCUUAAAUUGCCAAGAGUUUCCUAACCAGCAGCCCUACCGCCCGUUCUGCCGGUAGCCAAGGGGGACCUGGCAACGCUAGGCACCUGGCUGCGAUCCCGCUGACUCCUCCAAACCAGCAGAGGAUGCCAGCAGCCGCCGGAGACGGACUUGAAAGGAGCCACGGAGGAGAGAGAGCCGUGCGAUGAGCUCAGCUCGCCCCUUGUGGUGCAGUCCCGCCGAGAGCGAGAUAGAGCCAAGGCUGAGAGGCUUGCCUUAAGUGGAGAAAAUUCACAACUGAGGCUGAGUUCUGUAUAAUAUGGGAUGGAAGAGGAAGAGAACAAAUAUGAGUCCCAACUCAAGGAUAUGUAUAACAGCUGUGAUACCACAGGCACUGGGUAUUUGGAUAAAGAGGAGCUGACAGAGCUGUGUCAUAAACUGCAUCUGGAGAGACAGCUACCCUUGCUCUUGGAAACACUCUUAGGAAAUAACCACUUGACUAGAGUUAACUUUGAAGAAUUUAAGGAAGGCUUUGUGACCAUAUUGUCUUCAAGCAUCGAUCUUGGUGUUUCUGAUGAUGAGAGCAGCUACCUGGAGCCAGCUGUUCCAGAAGAAGUGAAGCCCAAGUAUAUCAAUGGAGCCAAGUGCUAUGGCCGCCGAACAAGACCGGAAUUCCAGGGCACCAAGUUGGAACCCUCCAAGUAUUUACAAAAACAGCAAGCAAAAGCAAAUAUUAGAAGCCAGUUGAGACGCUCAGCAUCCUUGGAGAGUGUGGAGAGUCUUAAAUCAGAUGAAGAUGCUGAAAGCACUAAAGAACCACUGCGUGAGCUGUUUGAAAGUCAAGGCCCAUUGUGCCCCUGGGAUGAUGAUGGCCCGCAAAAGGCAUCUGGCUCUUACUUUGACAUGACAGAGAAUCAAGUUCGGGACAUCUGGGAGGACCUUGGAAUAGGAAACAGUGGCUACCUUGACAAGCAAGAGCUGGCUAUUGUUUGUAAGAACAUUGGACACAAAGAGCUGGAAAAAGAGGAACUUGAAGAAUUAUUUAAUAAAUUGGAUAGUGACGGAGAUGGCAGAGUAAGUUUUAAGGAAUUCCAUCUUGGCUUGUUCAGCCACAGUCCCAUUCCUUGUCCAGUGUCUUCUACACCUCUCAAACCCAAAUGGCAAAGGUCACAAAGCUAUCAGAUUUUCAAAGACGGGCGUAGGAGCACAACUCCAUCUUUCUUAUCUGGCUUUGUGGGCCUGAAUCUUUUCUCCAGCAUUGAUGAUGGCAGUGGCUUUGCAAGUCCUGAACAGAUUGUCUCCAUCUGGGCCCAGGAAGGUGUUGAAAACUGCAAAGAGAUUCUUAAGAGUCUGGGUUUCAAUACAGAGGAGAAGGUGAAUGUACUGGAACUGUCUCUGGUCCUUGAUGAUGAACUAAUGACUUCCAAGAGUGGAAUUCAACAAGCAGCUGUUGCCUCCUGUAGACAUGAACUUCAUUAUCUAGGAGCUCAAGUGGAACAGAUUUCCUUGGAGCGAGACAAAGCAAGAAUUCAUUUGGAAAAGGUGGAGAAGCGAAACAUGCAGCUUUUUAAGGAAGUGGAUGAUCACCACAGUGCUAUGGAGUACCAGAAUGAGAGUAAACUCAAAGAUCUUGAACAAGAUUACAGAGAAAAACUGACUGUUAUGAAGUCUGAAGUAGAGAUGGAGAGGGAGUUGUUUUUGGAUCAAGUGAACCAUCAGAGAUCCAAGUUGGAAGCAGAUAUAAAAUCUCUUCAAGGGGAAGAGUCUAUCCUGAGGGAAAAGCUGACUUUGGUGAUAAAGGAAAACAGUCGCUUACAAAGUGAAGUUGCAGAAGCAGCCCAAAAGCUCUCUGAAUCUGAGAAACAAGUACUGAAACUUCAGAAGGAUCUUGAUUUCAUGUUGAAAGACAAGCUGGGUAUGUUGGAGCCACACAGUAUAGAGGUUUUUGAUCAAGAAGAACGCUUUGCUGAAAUCAUUAAAGAAUAUGAGCGACAGUGUCUGGCGUUGCGUGAUGCUAAUGAUGAAUUGCAAAUGGAGGUGGAAAAACUGCAUUCCCAACUUCAGGAAAAUGAUAGGAAUCAUCUGGCAUGGCAUAAAAUGAAGGCCAACAAACCAGGAGCAAUGCUUCUCCCUGACAAUGUGAGAAGCAGAGUAACAAACAAUGUGGAAAGAGAAGGUCAGCUUCCUGGAAAUGAGCAUAUGCUGGUCUCAGACCCAAAUGGUGUAUCUGAUGCCCAUUCUGUAAGUAUAGAAAUGGAGCUCAUGGUAGAAGAACUGAAAGAACAGCAUAGAGAUCUGAAAAUACAGCUGGAAACCAAGGUCAAUUACUAUGAAAGGGAAAUAGAGUUAAUGAAAAUAAACUUUGAAAAAGAAAGGAAAGACAUUGAACAAGGCUUCAAGAUGGAGAUUAGUGAACUGGAGGAACAGAAAAGUGAUUUGGAAGAGCUGAAUGUGAAAUGCCAAGAAGUUAUUGAUGGCUUGAAAGAGCAGCUCCAGAAACUAGCACCAGUCCAAGAACUUGAGAAGCGGUUUGAGAAGGAGAUGCUGGAAAUGGAACAGUACUAUGCCAAAGAAAUUUCCAAUUUAGGACAGAGGCUGGCCCAGGAAACAGACCGAUUGCAAGACGAAAUGAAAAGGAAGCAUGAGACUGAGAUACAUCUGAUGAGAAUUGAGCUCCACAGGGUGUUAGAAGACAAUUGUUUCCUAAAGAACAAACUGGGAAGACUUCAGCAACAAGUAGAGGAUGCUAAUGAAGCAAAUAAAAAGCACCGAAAACACAUUGAUGAACUGAAGACAGAAAAAGAGAAGGCCAGGAGUGAAAUGGAAGAAUUAAAUCAAUUGAACAAGCAGUACAGAGAAGAGAUCUGCCAGUUAAGUGCCAGGACUGGUCAGCUGAACCACAAACUCUCUGAAAUAAGCAGCAAUAGUAAGGCUGAUCAGAGUACAAUCUAUUUACUGAAUCAGAGGUUUGCUGAGCUGGAGAGUGAAAAAGAGCAUGAAGCUGCAGUUGCCAAGCAACUUCAAGAGGCCUCUGCUGAAUUGGCAAAGGAGCAUCUCCAGCAACAGUUGGCAUGGCAGGGAGAGAAGGCCCUGCUGGAACAAGAGCUAAAGGUCUCUAGGGAAAAGGCCAGCCAAUCUCAGGAACUGGAGGCUGAACUGGAGCAUUUGACCCAGGAAUGUCGGAUGCUACGACUGACAAAGGCGCAGCUGAGUGAGGAGCUGGAAGAAUGCCGGGAUCAGCUGUUGGAGGCCAAUACGAGCUUAAGCCUGGCACAAUCACAGUAUGUACAGGAGCUACAGACAUUAAGAAGCCAAGUGGAAAGUUCUGUGCCGAAAGCCUGCCUUGCUGAGCUACAAAACGUGCUGGCAGGAGAAAAGGAAAUAGUCAGGCAGUUGCAAGGAGAGCUGAACUUCCAGGCAGAGCAGAUGAGACGCCAGUUGGCCACAUAUCAGGAAGACCAUGCAAAAUCCUGUAGGUUAAUGGAGGAAAAGAUGGAGGAGCUGGAGAUGAACUUGAGGAAUGUACAGAUAAUGCUUCAGGAAAAAGUGUCCCAACUCAAGGAUCAGCUUGAAAAAAAUGCUAAGUCUAAUUUGAUGCUGAAAGACCUCUAUGUGGAAAAUGCCCAGCUGAUGAAAGCUUUACAGGUUCUGGAGCAGAAGCAGAAGAGCACAGAAAAGAAGAACUCCAUCCUGGAGGAAAAAAUCUCAUCCCUGAACAAAUUAAUUGGAGAAAUCACUCUGGCAUCACAAUGAACGAAGGAAACUGCUGUUCAGUUCUGUUUAUUUCAACUGGAAAGGACAAUCAAUAGAAGAGAGAUGACUUAAUCCCAUGGCCAAUUUUGUUAUGUAUUUCAAAUCUUGCCAAAAUGAAUUAUAUUGGAGUCAUUCAUAGGUCUCAAAGUCCAUGCCAUGUGGGUAGUAUCCUAGCACUAGAUCUGGAAUGCCCCUACACCAAAAGGAAUGACAACAAACAGAAGAGAAAUAUUCUCAGGGAGAAAGAUGGAGAUGCUCUCCAAGCAGUGCUGGUGGCAAUAAAAUGCAUAUGCCCUAAAGGUUUUGGUGCCUAUUGGAUCAAAUCCUAGAAGCAUACUUUUUGGCCCCAAUUCUGUCUCAGGACUGCAUAUUUAUUAUGAUGGCAACAUUUUUGCCUCUCUUCCUUCCUCACUUGUCUAUACACUGGCUUGUAUUAUUUGUACAGUUUUCUACAAAUAUAUAAUCACUCCUUUAAUCACAUCGUAUAUUGUUUGGGCAGAUAUGCUAUAAAAGGGAAAGAACCUGUUGUACUUGUUUUGUUUUGGGUAAAGCCUGGCAUUUUUAAAUUAAAUUCUAUUUAUACUGCUAA